AUGGCCUUGAAGGUCUGUGAACAUGCAUGUAGAGUUUCCUCACUUGCAAUAGCUAACAACGCCGCCCAGUGCACUCAUACUACUGCUACCACCCCCAUUGAGCUGUUUGAAGCUAUUGCCAGAUACGCAGCUCAGGACAAGGAUACGGAACUUGGAGAAAUCAUGUCCAAGCUCUGUAUCAACAUCCAUAGUGUCAUUGUCCCACAAAUGAAAGCUCACUGGUUGUUCAACUUGAACCCUCCCAGUGGCAUUCCCUGGCUUACCAUCCUUGGACCAUUACGCCCUCUUCAUCUUUCGACAAUUGGUAUGCCAGUGCUCAAAACUGUAACACAUUUGCGGUUUCUAUGGGACACACCUUACGGAAAUUUUGGAGAGGUAGAGAAGCUCUCAUUCACACAUUUUGCAUGUGUUUACAGACCAAUCAAGCGAGGAGCUGCAGGUCAAAUACCAUAUUUGUGCAGACUUAUACAAUUACUGUUGAAGAUGAAAACCAUAGAGGUAUUGGUAAUUUGCAUUGAUCUCAGGGAGCCAUCAUCUUAUGUUUCUGUGAGUGAGAUCAAUGACAUGGUGGAAUACCUACAAGCUGCGGAGAAGAAGGAUAGAAGAGUUGUUGUUAGCACACCUGAAUUAAAUGAGAACAUGUGUGAUGAAGAAUUCUGGAGAUAUGCUGAGGAGAUAUUAUUGACCAGGAUGUAA